GUAAUUUUACUUUGUCGCUUGUUAUGUUAAAAUGGAAAUUGAAAUAAAAAUAAUAAAAGACGUAAAUGACGAAAAAGGACAUACUUCGAUUUGUCGUGUAUGCUUAAAAAGAGGUACAGAGAAGUUCAAGUCCCUUUUUGAUAAAUUUAAAAGGUUGUCUCUUUUCGACCAUAUUAAUGUUUUAACAAACAUUGAUAUAAAACUAAACGACGGUUUACCUGAUACGAUAUGUUUAACAUGUUACGAUGAAUUAGAGACGGCCAUUAAUUUCAAAGAGAAAUGUGAAAAUGCGAAUAGUAUCUUGAAAAAUACGGAUUUAGACACAAUAUUGAAGGGUGAGACGUAUCCAGAAAUUGUAGUUAAGAAAGAACUCGAUGAGAAUUCUGAAGAGUCCAAUGACGCGAACGACGACACAUCCACACAGUAUCUAGAAGACGAGUCAAUAAAAAGUGAAUCUUUUCUGCCCAUAUCAGAGGACAAGAAACCAUCUACAGAAUGUACAGUCCAAUGCCACGACUGUGGCUCUUUUUUCAAAAGUAAAUGCAAAUUGGGAGUGCAUUGGAAGAAAACCCAUAUGUUAAAUUCUUUAAUAUGCUCUGUAUGCAAAAGGACAUUCAAAUCUUACAAAGCGUACCACACUCAUAUAAAAACAAAAAAGCGAAGUUGCACGUCUUUAGCGAGUGGAAUGAUUGAUAUUACCGGUAUUGGUAGAUCUCGGACAUUCCAUUGUAAACAAUGUCCAUAUAAAACUAAAAGAAAUAAAGAUAUACAAAGUCAUGUUGUCAUCCACAGUGGAGAAAGACCAUAUAAAUGUGACAUUUGUUCGAAAACAUUCACUCAACUAACCACUGUACAGAAUCACAAGGAAAUAGUGCAUAAGAAAUACAAAGUUGAAAUAACAUGUCAAAUUUGUGGAAAGUGUGUUAGAGGGAGAUCUCAAGUGUAUCGUCACAUACGAGGUCAUGAUAAAGUUCACUGUCCGAUCUGCAAUAUAUCACUGAGUAGGUUAAGUCAAAAACAACAUAUGCAGCGGCAUGGCUCAAAGACUUACACUUGUGAAGUGUGUGCAUUAGCGUUUUACACUUCUGCCGAAUUAUCCAACCACAGACGCAACCAUAAUAAAGAUAAACCAGCUCUUAAAUGCAAUUUAUGUGAGUUCAGAUCAAACAGAGCUGACAGUAUGAAGAGACACAAAAAUAGGCAUACGGAUGACAAUGUACCAUGCAUUACUUGUGGUAUGUUUUUCUCGAAUAAACAAAAGCUUGUGUUGCAUGAAAGAAUACAUUAUGAAGAGAAGAAAUAUUUUUGUCCUUAUUGUAAUCAUGGUUUUCACAGUAGCCGUUCGGUGAGGAAACAUGUUGGUAUAAAACAUAAACAUUUAAUUAAAUUAAAUAAAAAGCAAGCAUUAAUUGUCAAAGAUGAAGUGCCCGCAUUAGAUCCUUACAGUCCUAAAAUUAUUGAAGUUGAAACAUCACCAAUGGAAGAUUUAUUAGAAAAAAAUAUUAUAUGUCAAUAAACAUUUUCUAUUACACU